CUGCUUGGCCAUCUGUGAGAGUGUGUGUGAGAGAGAGAGAUUCAUUAUAGUCUCUGAAUAUGGCCAUCAAUGAAUAAUACAAAGAGGGCGUGUUAAAAUAAACAAAGUAUCAUACAAUCUUUCAUUUGUUGUAUAAACUAUAUUAUACAAACACUCAUUGUUGUGGCUAGUGAUGGCAACUGGAGGAUCUUCUCCAACUUGGAGCACACGAAAUGGCAAAGUUGUUUACGGAGCAAUAGGAAAGAGGGAAGUGUUACUAAUCACGUCCAACCUCACUACCCAAGAUGAUGAUGUGGUGCAGAGAAGGCCAGGGGGAGAGCUGAAAGAUGAUGAUAGACAGAAACUGGAGCAUCAAGGUGUACCAAGAGACUGUCACCAUGACGACCUGAGUAUUAUGAAGGCAAGAUACGGCCUAAACAAGGAGAUAAGCAGUACUGAAGUAUUGAGAGAUGAUGGAUCUCUGACAUGUGAGUUAGUCACCAAGAAGAUAACCCAACUACAGAACAACACUGACACAAGUGGAGUCGUACUCUACUAUAUUGGCCCUGGCAAGAAGGGAACGGGAGACUGGUGCUUCAGUGAUGGCUUCAUCAGCUUCAGGGAUAUAAUGCACCUCUACCUACAGAAUGAAUACAUCAAAGGACGUGUUCUCUCCAUCGUCAGCGACUGCAGCUACUCUGGGUGUUGGGUGAAGGAGGCCAUGAGCUUCCUGGAUGAGCACGGAGUGGGACCUUGUGGACACACUGCCAAGGAGAAGGGGAUCCUGGUUAAAGUGAUUGCAUCAUGUCAGGCUAACGAGAUUCCUGCUGAGCUGGCAUUCUCUACUCGCUGUGCAAAGAAUGAUAAGAACACCGGAACUAUUUCACACACUACUACAUUACGUGGGAAAGAGAUUCACGAUGGACAACACACUAGUGGACUAGACUUCACUAGAGUUCUAUGCAAGAGCAAGAUCGACGAGCCAUGCACUAUGACCCCUGGGUCAACCUGGCACCAAUGGAGCACUGCAGAGAGAAUCCGGACAGUAAGAGGGAAGGACAGAGGUCGACCAGCAUGGCACUACGUCCUGCUAGUGGAUGAUGAAGAAACAAUCAGGGAAUUCCAUGACAAAGUAAAGGCGGGAAGUCUUGAUAUUGCCGACUAUGGUCAGAUCUUGAAGUGUGGGUGGGGCCAAGACCCACCAGAAGAAACACAGAAAUGGAUCAAAGAGCAAUAUUUCAUGAACUAUGACUACCAACCACCAUCAAUUAAAUUUAUCGAAAUUGAAGGUAUCGACUGACACAAAGCUAUGCACUAUAAACCAUACAUACAUGUAUUUAUACAUGCCCUAACACCACAUAGCCUAUUUUCCUUGUACCGGUAUGCACAUACUUUUUUCUGAUAUCUACAAUUUUUUACACUGUGCUGUGCUUCCAAUUUUAAUACUCAUUCCCAUUUUAAAUUCAA